AAUAAAUAACGGUAACAUUCAUAAAUGACGAAGUCUUCACUGCGUAAACGCUCUACCCGGAAGUGGCGCCAAAACAAACCGUCGAGGAAACGCCGUCGUGUGACAACACGUUUUAUUUAAAGUAAUUUACAUGAAAAUAACCGAAUGCUACAAUGAUUUGAAAAUAUAAGUAGCUUAACGGCUAAUUCGAGAGGCGACAAAUAUCGUACUAACAUCUUUUUUCAAAGUGACCUAUUUAUGUCGUCAUAAACAAGCGUCACCAUGCCACGCUCUCAUCUGGACCGGAACCGUGGAGGGUGUCGGGUUGACAUGGGGUGACCGCGUCCGUCCCGAGAUGGAGAGAGCGGAAACCGAAGAGGACUGCGAGGGGGAGCCGCCGAUGCACAGCGUGCACGGCAACAACCGGACCCGGCCGUCCUCCUACCGGGCACUACGCAGCGCUGUGUCCAGCCUGGCCCGCCUGGACGACUUCAGCUGCGAGAAGAUCGGCGCCGGUUUCUUCUCGGAAGUCUUUAAGGUGCAGCAUCGCGUGUCGGGCCAGGUGAUGGCGCUCAAGAUGAACAUCCUGGCCAGCAACCGGGCCAACAUGCUCAGGGAGGUCCAGCUUAUGAACAGACUCUCGCACCCCAACAUUCUCAGGUUUAUUGGCGUGUGUGUCCACGAGGGGCAACUCCACGCCCUCACUGAGUACAUCAACGGCGGCAACCUGGAGCAGCUGUUGGACAGCGAAGUAUACCUGUCGUGGAGCACGCGGCUGGACCUAGCGCUGGACAUCGCCCGCGGCUUGUGUUACCUGCACGCCAAGGGCAUCUUCCACCGCGACCUCACCUCCAAGAACUGCCUAGUUCGCUGGGAAAGCGGGACGUGUUCCGCCGUGGUUGGAGACUUUGGCUUGGCAGAGAAAAUACCCGAUUACAGCGAAAACGCGAACCUGGAGCCGUUGGCCGUGGUGGGCUCACCCUACUGGAUGGCUCCUGAGGUGCUCCGCGGCGAGCUGUACAACGAGAAGGUAGAUGUUUUUGCAUACGGGAUUAUCCUGUGCGAAGUUAUCGCGAGGAUCCAGGCGGACCCCGACUUCUUACCACGCACUGAGGACUUUGGUCUGCAUGUGGAAGCUUUCACGCAGAUGGUGGGCGACUGCCCCGCAGAUUUCCUGAACCUGGCAGUCACCUGCUGUAACAUGAGCGCUGAGUCACGCCCGUCGUUCUCCCGGAUCGCCUCUGAUCUGGAGCGCAGGGGACACCCGGAAGAGGACCCGCCGUCCACCCAGCGGCCCCCGCGGCGGCACUCCCUGGGCCCGCCGGCGGAACCCGCCACACCGCCGACGCGGUUCAACCCCUUCUCGCGACGCGACGACUUGAAAGGCGGCAAAAUCAAGCUGUACGACACCCCGAGUAAGUCCGUCAUCUCCAUGACUUUUGCGCUACCCCCGCCCCCGGAUUCCCGCCGGGGCGAGGCGUCGCCCGGGAGUCUCCGGCGCUGCCGCUCGCUGCCGUCCACGCCGCCCCCCUGUUUGUCGCGGCGCUUUUGCGACUGCGAGAUGCGCGGGGCGGGGGACUCGGGACUUCCACGGUCUCUAGAACGUCUCUCUCUCGACCAAGAAAAGAGCGAGAGCGUCCCCAUGGAUUGCGCCUGCUCGCCGGACACGCUGGACAGCUCCUCUUCGUCUUCCUUCUCCAAACUCUCCCCAUUUCCGAUGCACAUCUCCACCCCCAUAGAGCGAGGCUGGUCUCACCUAGACAACGGUGAAGUGUUCCUGAGCGGACCCGGGGGCCGUGGCGCCGCCCCGACGGGAAUCAACAACAACGGUUGCCACUCACCGUCCGGCGAACCCGACGCCAAGUCCCCAGAGGAGGAGGAGGUCCUCUCAUGUCCGGGCUGCUUCCCUUCCGUGUGUUUCAGGACGCCACACGGGACCGCCUACUAGAACCUCGACGGGGGCUGCGCCGCUUCACGUGGGCUGCUGUCUCCGAAGAGUUUGCCACCCUCGCCCACGCUGGGUGCCGCCCACCUGGAGCCCAUGUAAAGCACGCCUGGGUGAACGCCACCUUUAGAAUUUGCACAGUUUUCAUUGCAGCAAUAUAUCGGGAGUGAAUACAGUUCAAAACGAAAUCCACUUUGUUUUUGUGGAUCAUAACCAAUUUUUUUUUCAUUUCAUAGUAUUUGCCUUGCAUUUCAUUUUCAGUUUUACAUCAUCCAUUUUGAGAAUUCAAGUGAAGCAGACCAAAAAAAAAUGGCCACAGAUCGAUGUUUAACUCCUGGCUAGACGUCCGAUCCAUUUGGAGAUGGCGUUUAUUUGCUACCGUCCCUCCCACUUCAAAUGGAUCGGACGUUUACUAGAGAUAAACUCAUUUGUGUGUGGGUGCAUCUUGGCCAGAGGAAGAACAAAUUUCCCUUCGACUUGACGUCCAAUUCAUUUGAAGCGGGAGGGAUGGCGGCGAACGACGAAGAAUGUUAAGCUUACUACUCUUGUUGCAAUGACCGUGUUAUUGGGAAUGUUUGGUGCUGUUAAGUCUUAAAAAGUUGUGUGUGUGAAGAUUGCGCGUGCCUACAGUUUUAGGCAAAUUUUUUUUUUGUGUUGCCCCGCAGUCUGUAUCGACACUUUAAGCACUUCGACUGAAUUCCUGCUGUUAUCUGUUCGUAUUCUUGUUAUUUAAUAUUGAAAUAAAAGUUGAAU